AUGCAGAACCUGUACAACAUAUCGUCUACUUUGGUGCUACACGGCUACAAUCUCCCCUCUGAAGCCGUCAUUCCUGCGUUUCUUUUCGCAAGUCUGAGCUACAUGAUCAUCCUUUUCUGCAACCUCAUCCUCAUCCUCACCAUUGUACUGAACAAAUCCCUGCAUCACCCCAUGUACCUCAUCCUGCUUAACCUUCCCAUCUAUGACCUUAUCGGGGCCUCUGCUUUCUUCCCACAGUUCAUUAAAGAGAUCCUGACAGAUAGCAGGACUAUGCAAUACUCUGCGUGUGUCGCCCAGGCCUUUUUCAUCCACAUCUAUGGAGGAGGGACUGUGUUCACGUUGACUGCCAUGGCCUAUGAUCGGUACAUUGCCAUAUGCUGUCCUCUGAAAUACAACACAGUGAUGACGAAUGCUCACAUCAUGAAAAUCAUCACAGGUGUGUGGGUGAGCAGUGUUGCCACUAUGGGUGUGCUUUUCAUUCUGCUUUUACGUUUACCUCGCUGUCGAUCUGAACUCACCCUCACCUACUGUGACAACCCCAGUCUGCUAAGUCUGGUCUGUGCUGACACCACCAUCAACAACAUCUACGGCCUCUUUGUGGUGGCCGUCUCACAGGUAAUAGCUAACGGGAUGAUAUUGUACACGUAUCUGCAGAUCCUUCUAGCAUGCUUUAGAUCUAAAGGCACAGACACAAAAGCCAAAGCUCUGCAAACAUGUGCAACACACAUGGCUGUGUAUCUGCUGCUGGAAUGUCUGGGUCUGUGUACAAUCAUAUCCUACAGGGUACAGAGGAUUUCACCUCAUCUGAGGAGGUUUUUGGGGAUGUCUACGCUGAUUUUCCCACCAACGCUGAAUCCGAUCAUCUAUGGAUUGAGAACUAAAGAGAUUAGAGACAAAUUCAUUCACUUUGUUAAAAACAAAAUCCUUCCAUUUUAA